GAAUUCCAUUUCGAACAUUCUUGACAGAUCGUUCGUCAGCAUCCACUGGGACUGGCGUGACAUUCGAUCGUCUGUUGCUAGGAUCCUCCCGAAAAAUUUUUCUGUAAAUAGAUUUUGCUGGUGAUUUUUCUUGAUUUCGGAUAUCAUAUAAUUUUUUUUUUUCGUAUUCUAGUCAUUUAUACGCUCUGUUUGUGCUAGUGCUAUUUUCAUUCGCAAUUAAUCUCAAAAGGAAUUAAUUUCAGAGGAAGUACAACUAAUUUUUUACCAUAUUUUUAGUGAAAAUUGAUUUUUCCACAAACCAUGUCACAUCAAACAGGAAUCAGAGCGAACGAUGCACUUAAAAAGUUAUUUACCAAAUGUCGAGAUGGAAAAAUACGAGUUUUGAAAGUUUCUAUCGAAAAUGAGGAAUUAAUACCUGCUGCUUUUUCGAAAUCAAUGAACAAAUGGCAAGAUGAUUAUGAUAAGAUGAUCAAGCCAUUAAUCAUUGAAAAUCAACCUGCAUAUAUUCUUUAUCGAUUAGAUACUAAGUCUUCAGAUUCUGGUUAUGAUUGGUUAUUUAUUUCUUGGUCACCUGAUACUGCACCAGUUAGACAAAAGAUGUUAUAUGCAUCAACUAAAGCAACUCUGAAACAAGAAUUUGGAACUGCUUCUAUAAAAGAAGAAUUACAUGGUACAGUACCAGAAGAUAUAACAUUAGAAGGUUAUCAUAAAUAUAAAAGAAAUAAUGCUGCACCAGCACCAUUAACUACAGCAGAAGAAGAAUUAGCAGAACUCAGAAAAAAUACAGUUACUACAGAUUACAGUGUAGAAACAAGACAUCAAACAUUAAGUGGAGUUGCUUUCCCUGUGACAGAUGAGGCAAAACAAGCAAUUACAGAACUUGGUAAAGGUAUACAUGAAUAUGUUCAGUUAAAAAUUGAUUUAGAAGAGGAAAAGAUACAUUUAGUAAUGGCUUGUGAAGUUUCAUUGGAUAAACUACCAACCAAAGUUCCAUCUGAUUCUGCUAGAUAUCAUCUUUAUAAUUUUAAGCACACACAUGAAGGAGAUUACAUGGAAUGUAUAGUAUUUAUAUAUAGCAUGCCUGGAUAUAGUUGCAGUAUUAAGGAAAGAAUGUUAUAUUCGUCAUGUAAAGCACCACUUCUAGAACUUAUUCAAUCACUUGGAGUGAUUAUAACAAAAAAGUUGGAAGUAAAUAGUGGUGAGGAAUUGGCAGACAUGUUGGAAGACCCUCCAAUCAUAAAAGAAACAGCUGCAAUAACUUCUGCAACUCCAUCAACGCUCUAUGCUUCUCCUCAAUCUAUACCAGAGAAAAAGUCAAAACAGAAGAGAUCUUGUAUCUUGAGUUAACCGAUUCUACAUUCUUUGCUUGCCAUUUUUUAAUGUUUCUUAAAUGUUUAUAAAAUAUUUCAUGUUUUAAAUAUUGAAUACUUUCCUUUAUAAAUUCUGAAUUUGUGAUAAUAUGAUAUUAAUUAAUUGAAUAUGUUAUGUAAAAUGAUGUAAUUGAUUUCUAAUAACUUCAAUAUUAGCACAACAUAGUUAUAUAGUAUAAUUACUCUGAAGUUUUAUGUGUGCAUUUUUAUAAAGAUAAAUCUUUUAUUAAUUAGUGAUAUAUUUAUUAAUAUUUAGUAAUAAUUGGUCAAAGUGAUACAUAUAUUUAUGUAGCAAUUCAGAGUAGACCAAACAAUGUAUUUUUCUAAAUUUUAAAGAACAAAAUUGUCAUGUUAAAAUUUUAACAAAAUAUCUUUUUGAUAACUGUGAAAAAUUUGCAAUGCAUAUGAUUCCAUGAAAUGCAAUUCUUGUUGAUCCAAUACUGUAAUAAUGUUAAUGGAUAAUAGAUAAUUGUUCAUUCAUACAAAAAAUACCAUAAGAAAAAAAAUCAUAAAGUGAGGAUUUAA